AUGGAAGUUCUUCGACGUUAUGCCACAGAGGCGCCGGAACAACGUGCUUGGAUAGAUACUAAACCUACAUUCAUUGUUAGCUGGUGGUGUACAUGUUUUGCCAUUGUUAUAAUUUUGUUUCGAAUUUUUGGAAGAUAUGUUCGGACGGAAAAGAUCUAUCUCGAAGAUGGCAUCAUGGUGCUGGCCAUUAUACCGCUGCUUAUGAGAAUGGCUUUCGUCCAUGUUAUCUUGAUGUUUGGCACCAAUAACAGUGUAACACUCGGUUUAACAUCAGAGGAUGUGCGGGAAAGAACAAUUGGGAGUCAACUCGUUUUAGUCUCAAGGAUUAUGUACGCUGUGUACCUUUGGGCCAUAAAGUAUAGCAUCAGCAUAUUCUUACGUUCUUUAACUGGUCAGAUUUGGCAACGAGUACACCAUAAAUUACUCAGAUAUCUUCAUAUUAUGCUUGCGGUGACCUUCUUAGCCACAGUCAUUAGUGAUAUUGUUGAGUGCCAGCCUUUCACCCAUUACUGGCAGGUUAUUCCAGAUCCUGGACCGAAAUGCCGGCAAGGAUAUGCGCAACUCUUCACGGCCGGUAUUCUCAACAUCACUACGAACGUGGCUCUCAUUGUCUUUCCUAUUCCAAUGAUCCUAAAAUCAAAUUUAUCGACACACCUCAAACUCAGCGUCAUUCUACGUUUAGCCCUCCCAGUUUUCUGUAUUUUCGCAACGAUCAAUCAACUCAAAAAGGUUGUAUCUCAUAACGGCGAUCAACAGAUCCGCUCACUCUUAGCUUCUCUCGACAUCCUCCUCACAACUCUGAUAUCCAAUGCUUCGGUGAUCGGCUCGCUCCUCCAAGACAAAGGUUACAAGAAGACGAAAUACAAAACUCCUAUCUACCGCGAUAUUCCCUCCAGCGUCCCCUCUACUAGCUAUACUCGAAGACAUGACAGCGAUGAGGACCUCAUGAUUACCAGUCCUGACACAGACGGAAAGGCAGCUAUGAUGAUAGCACUGGAGGUUCUACAUGAAACUGCAAGUCGGGAGAAUAAUGAGGCAAGAGAUUUUGGUGCAGGUGCAUUGGGAAGCGGGGUCAGGAAACCUGAACAUGUCUGGGCUGGUGAUCAGAUUAGGGUUGAGAGGGCAUGGGAGGUGCAGGUAUCAAGAGAAGAUAUACCCAGGAGUGCCUAG